AUGAAAGAUUCUAGAAAGUUCUCGAACAGCAAAGGAAGACAAAUUAAGACGAGAAACAUAAUGUCAGUGAUACUAGUAUCGGCAGGUUACGAUCAUACAAUAAGGUUUUGGGAAGCAUUAACCGGUGUUUGUUCACGAACAAUCCAACAUUCGGACUCCCAAGUGAAUCGUUUGGAGAUCACUAAUGAUAAGAAGCUUUUAGCUGCAGCAGGAUACCAAAAUGUUAGACUUUAUGAUAUACGGACAACUAAUCCUAACGCUGUGGCAACGUUUGAAGGGCAUAAGGGAAAUGUGACCUCAGUCUCUUUCCAGCAGGAUAACAAAUGGAUGGUGACUUCAAGUGAGGAUGGGACUAUUAAGGUCUGGGAUGUCAGGUCACCUUCCGUUCCAAGAAAUUAUAAGCAUAAUGCACCAGUAAACGAAGUGGUAAUACACCCCAACCAAGGUGAAUUGAUUUCUUGUGAUAGGGAUGGUACAAUUAAAAUCUGGGAUUUGGGAGAGAAUCAAUGUACUCAUCAAUUGAUACCUGACGACGAUAAUACUUCAUUACAAUCACUCUCAGUGGCUAGUGAUGGAUCCAUGUUAGUAGCUGCAAAUAAUAAGGGAGAUUGUUACGUUUGGGAAAUGCCUAACCAUACAGAUGCGUCAAAUUUAAAACCGAUUAAUAAAUUUAGUGCUCACAAAGAUUAUAUUACGAGAGUUGUGUUAUCCUCCGACGUGAAACAUAUGGCCACAUGUUCAGCAGACCGAACCGCGAAGAUAUGGUCUGUUGGUGAGACUGAAGAUGAUUUCAAUCUGGAAACAACUUUAGAUGGGCAUCAACGAUGGGUAUGGGAUUGUGCAUUUAGUGCAGACAGUGCAUAUCUAGUCACUGCCUCAUCAGACCAUUAUGUGAGAUUAUGGGACCUUUCGACCAGGGAGAUUGUAAGACAAUAUGGUGGCCAUCACAAAGGUGCUGUAUGUGUUGCAUUAAAUGAUGUUUGA